AUGAAUACCACUGAAGACUCGGUCAAGGGUGCUGUCCAGCAUACCGACGCGUCUUCCAGAGUGUUAGAGGCAACAUCAGCCGCCGCCGAGUUUGAAGCCGAACAACAUUCACUUACCCGGUGGGAAGCCAUUAAGAAGAACGUGAAACCGUUGGGAUGGUGCAUGUACAUGUUCUUCAUAUGUAUUAUGUGGGGAUUUGAUGGACUUGCUGGGGGUGUCGUAACCUCUAUUGCAGAGUUUAGAAAAGACUUUGGUUAUCCAUAUGCGGGAGAUUAUGUUGUAGAUGCAAAUUGGCAGCUUGGGUGGCUUGCCGCUACUUUAUUCGGUCUUGUGUUUGGUGGUCUGGUUGCCGGGCUCGCUGUCAAUAGAUGGGGACGCCAGCCCGUCAUUGGCGCAGGCUAUCUGGUCAGUAUUGCCGGAGUAUUCGUGCAGGUCUUUGCCUCGACGCCUGCCGAGUUCUUCGGAGGUAAAGUUCUCACCGGUGUGCCGCUUGGCUGUUUCACGACAGUUGCUCCAACGUACGCAUCCGAGAUGGCUCCGUUGCCAAUCAGAGGUGCCAUCACUGCAGGUAUGAAUUUCGCUAUCGUUCUCGGGCAGUUGAUUGGUUACGGCGUUAUGCGACAGGCCAGUUUUUAUACUGGUGCCCUAACUUAUAAGAUUCUUUUCUCAACCCAAUGGGGCUUCGCCGUCGUUGGUCUUGUCAUCCUGCCUUUCUUUCCCGAAUCGCCAUACUGGCUUAUCGCGCAUGGAAGACAUGAAAAGGCAAGGGCAAAUCUCGUCAAGCUUCACAACGCGGAGUAUAACAUUGACGGCCACAUGGCGGAGAUUCAUGAUUCACUGGCAAGACUCAACCAGGAGAACGAAAGCCAGGGAAGCAUGGCAGAAUGCUUUGACAAGAAAAACUGGAAACGAACCUUGGUGGCCACCAGCACGUUCUUUAUCCAAAAUGCGUGCGGCAAUUCAUGGGUGAUUGGAUAUAUGAGUUACUUUAUGCAGCUUGGAGGAAUGAGCGCAGCCAAAUCCUUUGAUACCACUGUCGGUCUCUCUGGGCUCAUGGUUGUUGGUAACAUGUGCGGUUGGAUCUUCGUAGAAACGUUUGGCCGACGUGCCACUGCCUUGUGGGGGACCAUAAGCCUGAGCGUUGUUCUGUUCCUGAUCGGUAUCCUGGCAUCGAUAUCGGUAGGCGGUGCCAUUUGGGGACAGGUAGCGUGUAUGGCCCUCUGGUCCUUUGUGUAUCAAGGCACAAUCGGUUCCGUGGCCUGGCCAAUUACUGCCGAGAACGCGACCUCCCGUCUUCGAGGUCCAACGCAGUCACUGGCCACGAUGAUGAACGGCUUGUCCUCGUGCAUCUGGAGCUUUGCCUUGCCGUACGCCAUCAACCCGGAUCAGGGCAAUAUGGGUGGCAAAAUUGCGUUCGUCUUUGGCGCUAUUUUGGUCUUGGCCUCUGUGUUCAUCUAUUACAUGUACCCAGAGACCAAGAACCGUACAUAUAUCGAGAUUGACGAGCUUUGGAACAGAAGCAUUCCUCCACGCCAUUUUGCCAGAACAGAGCUGAUAACGAUCUCGACUGAGGAAACCAAAGGCUUGUAA